AUGGCCAAAAUCGACACCCGUCUUAAUGUGGCCCCGGUCCCUCCGGAUGAGAUCUUCGCCCUGAACGGCGCCUACGCUGUCGAUACCUUCCCGCACAAGGUCAGCUUGGGAGUCGGUGUUUACCGCACAGACGAUGGCAAGCCCUGGCCCCUUCCCGUCGUCCAGAAGGCCGAGAAGUCUCUUGUUGAGGACGACGACCUCUUCCGCCACGAAUACACCGCAAUUGAAGGUGAUGUGCCCUUCCUGGGCAUCGCCCGCAACCUGAUGUUCGGAUUCGAGGGCAAGCAGAGCGAGGAGGAAGCCAAGGCCCGCAUUGCUACCGUGCAAACCGUUGCUGGUACCGGUGCGAACCACCUCGGCGCCCUGUUCCUCGCCCACCACAUGAAGCCCCGCAGUGUUUGGCUCUCCAACCCCUCCUGGGCUAACCACCAGACAAUUUGGGAGCUCGCCGGCGUGCCCCGCAAGACAUAUCCGUACUACCAUGCCGCAACCCGGUCCUUCGAUUUCGAGGGUAUGAUCAACACCCUGGAAUCCGAGGCCGAGGAGGGCGACGCUGUGCUCCUGCACGCUUGCGCACACAACCCCACCGGUCUGGAUCCCAACAAGGAGCAAUGGGUUGCCAUUGCCGACCUGUGCGAGCGCAAGAAGCUCUUCCCCUUCUUCGACUCGGCUUACCAGGGUUUCGCCUCUGGCUCCGUCGAGGAGGACGCCUGGGCCGUCCGCUACUUCUUCAACCACAAGCCGGAUAUGGAGAUGUGUGUGGCACAGAGCUUCUCCAAGAACUUCGGUUUGUACGGUCAGCGUGUUGGUGCGUUCCACUACUGUACCAACCGCAGCUCGACCAGCAUUCGUGACAUCGUCGUGAACAACCUUUGCCAUCUCAUUCGUGGCGAGUUCUCAAUGGGUCCCCGUGUCGGCUGCAGCAUCGUUAAGAAGAUUCUCACUAGCGACGAGCUCACCGCCGAUUGGCACCAGGACUUGCAGGUCAUGAGCUCCCGCAUUAAGACUAUGCGCCGCGCUCUCUACAAUGAACUCGUUCGUCUGCAGACCCCCGGUACUUGGGAGCACAUCAUCGAACAGAACGGCAUGUUCUCCUACACCGGUCUGACCCCUAAGCAAGUCUACGCACUGAAGGACAAGUACCACAUCUACUUGCUCAAGUCUGGCCGUGCCUCCAUCAGUGGCUUGAGCGAGAAGAAUGUCGCAUAUGUCGCACAGGCGAUUGACGAUGUCAUUCGCAACGAAAACUAA